AGUGGAGAAACAUGACUGGGCACAAACAUUGGUCGGAAGCAUUGCCAGUUCAUGGACAAGAUGGCGACUGUAACAUAUCCGCUGCCCCAACGCCCCCCUAUCGCCUUCGAAUCAGCCAAGGAUCAUGAGGAUGACAUCAUACAGCGUAUUGUAUGGGAACAGACGGCACAGAACCUCUACGAUCAUUUAUGGACAGAGCACCAACGUCGCGCAAUCUCCUCUUUGGCCGCCCUCCAUGUUGGCCUCGACCCCGAGCGGCAGCACCAGCGCUGUGUUGUCCAAGAACCUGAUGGCUGGAUCCGCGGAAACUUCAACAUCUGCGUCCCUGUUCACGUGCUGGACAAAGCCGGGAGUCUAAUACGGCGGGUGCUGGUACGAUGCCCGAUGGGCCAUAAACUGGCCGAGGAUCGUCAUCCAGGCACAGUCGACGAGAAGCUUAGCACGGAGGUGGCCACAUACGUAUGGAUGCAAGAGAAUUGCCCGGAAGUCCCUAUACCGGCAUUACUCGGCUUUGGCUUUACGGAUGGUCGUCACUUUACUCACGUGCAAUGGCGACCUUUCUACGUCCGCUGGGCAAGAGCUCUAUGGCGGAGGAUGCGCAUGGUACUGCGUCUUCCUGUUCUGUCUCAGUAUGUCCCUGUCUUGUCCGACUACGCGUUGCAGACCGGCUAUAUUGUUCUUGAUUAUAUCGAACCGAAAGUUGGCAAGAUGCUAUCAACGACCUGGGAAAUGCAUCGCAACGACGCUGAACGGCGGCAAACCCUUUUUCGUGGGCUCUCCCGACUGAUGCUUACGGUCGCGCGUCUUCCCCUACCUCGGAUCGGUUCCUGGCACUUUCACGAUGACGGCACCAUUACCCUAUCUAACCGUCCGCUUACGUGCAACCUCGUUAUUCUUGAGAACAACGGCGCGCCCCGUAUCAUACAGCCCGGCGACACCUAUACCUGUGUUGAACCUUACAUCUGGGAUCUUCUUACAUUGCACGAUGGUCGUCUCCACAUCCAGCCCAACGCCGCCAUGGACGAAGCGGACUGUCGCUACCAGAUGGCCGUCCAGGUCCUCCUAAGGACACUUGCUUACGGCUACUUCGAUAGAGACCGGCGGCAUGGCCCUUUCGUUAUGCAGUUCUCCGAUCUGCACGCGAGUAAUAUCUUUGUUGAUUCCCACUGGAACAUUACCGCUGUCAUCGACCUCGAAUGGAUUUGCGCUCGACCUAUCGAGAUGAUUGACGUGCCAUACUGGAUUACCGGCCUGGGUAUCGACCAGAUUGGUAAGAAGGAGCAUAUUGACGAGUACGCCAAGACUCGCGAGGAGUUUAUUACAAUCCUAGGUGAGGAAGAACGGAAUACAGCGAUACUAAAGCUACCCAAUGUCUCCCUUGCCGCUGCCAUGCGACGCGCUGGGGAGUGUAAGUCGUCCUGGUUUGUCUACUGUCUCGAUUCUGUUAACGCUAUGUAUACUAUCUUUGACCAGCAUCUCCGACCGCAGUUUAUCUCUUUCGAUUUAACUGAGAAAAUGAACUUCUUCCUUUCGAAGUUCUGGUGCGAGAAAGCAGAUGAGCUCGUGGACAGAAAGUUACGACAGAAGCACUUAUAUGAUAUCGAGCUCCGACGUAUGUUUGAGAACGACGUGGACGCUACGCCAUUGGUGAGCGGAAAAGCUUGAGAGCUUGAUACAGAGACCCUCUGAGGCUUGGCGGUCCGGAAACGAAGACAGCCCAACAAUGCAAUUGAGGAAGGUUGGAAGUUUGGAUUUUGUGUACUGUGUAGAAUCAGCGAAGCAGUCAUCCCUUCUCAUUUACCAGAUUUCUUUUCGUCUUUG